UACUCCAACUGGCCUGAAUAAACUCUGGCUGUGUGAACCGGGACAGUAGGCUGACCUCACUAGUUUUUGAUUUGGGCAAAAGGACAAGCUGAUAAAAAAACUGGCAACAUGGUUGUGGCGGGCUGCACAAAAUGCAUAAAAUAUAUGUUAUUUUUCUUUAAUUUUAUUUUCUGGCUGGCCGGAGGUGUGAUCUUAGGAGUGGCCCUGUGGCUCCGCCAUGACAGUCAAACCAGCAACCUCCUCAUACUCCAGUUUGAAGGCCACCAGGCACCAGGCACCUUCUACAUCAGUGUGUACAUACUGAUAGCUGUUGGGGCUGUGAUGAUGCUUGUGGGCUUCCUCGGUUGUUACGGUGCCAUUCAAGAGUCUCAGUGCCUGUUGGGAACAUUCUUCUUCUUCUUGGUGAUCCUCUUUGCUUGUGAAGUGGCCGCAGCAAUGUGGGGUUUCAUGAACAGGGACACAAUUUCCAAAGAACUGAUCAACUUCUACGACUCCGCCUACAUCAAAGCUGUGGACGUCUCAGGGUCUCCCAGCAAAGACUCUGCCAUCAAGGUGCUGGAUGCUUUCCACACUACGCUCGACUGCUGUGGUAAAGGAGACAACACCGCUCUCUUCAAGCAAGUCGCCAGCAGCUUGUGUCCCAGAAAGUCUACAGUAGAUUUUUUGAAAUCUCAGAGCUGUCACAGUAAACUGAUCGAGCUGUUCUCGGAGAAGCUCUACCUGAUUGGUCUGGCUGCUUUAGUGGUUGCUGUCAUCAUGAUCUUCGAGAUGAUCUUCACCAUGGUGCUCUGUUGUGGCAUCCGUAACAGCCCUGGAGUAUAUUAGGAGACCAGCCAACAAGCAACAUCAGCCUUUAAUGGAUUUUUUAAUUAUGUGUUUCUAUGCAUCAGCUUUUCUUCCUUAUGAUUUUAACACAACAAGAUGGAUGUCUUUCUUUUUACUCUAGAUUAGAAAAUGCAACUUGUUCAUGAUAUUGCUAAUCCAUAAACGCUCAUCGUUCUUACACAAUGAUUUAGACGUUCUUUAUUUAUCACACAACACUUCAUAUGAAUUUUUUAUACAUGCGAUAUGUUGUGAAAUAUUUCUCUGAGGUCAUAAUGUUGUUUUUAUGGAUGUAUAAAUUGUAUAUAUACUUGUCAUAUGUUAAUAACACUUAGGAUAGUGCAUGUAUUCCCUGAUUGUUUGUUUGUGAUGCAUCUCGCUGCAGUGUUGGUGUUAAAAUAUAAUUUAAGCAGCAGGGUGUCAGUGGUCUAAGGUGAUGUACUGUCUUACUCUAAUGAUUAUCAGAUGACGAGUUAGCCUGUGUUUGUUAGUCGACUGUGUGUCUCUUCUUUGUGCCUAAUGGACCAUCUUCAUGCUCUCUUUCCUUUAUUAACUUGUGAAACACCCAUCCUUAAAUAUACAGUUAUGUCUUCUUACUCAACCCGUUUUUUUCAGUUCAGUCAGAGAGGGAUAUUCACUCAAUGAAUUGAGAGAAGUCAGGAAAAUAAAAGUAUUUUGUGUAUCCAAAUGA